GUGUGCUUGAACCUAAGAAACACAUCCCACCUCUGUAAGGUAAAGCCCUCGUUUGAAGCCGAUCCAAAGGGGGAGGGAGUCUCAAUUUCUCUUCUCUUCCGCCUCCAAUAGUUCCUCCACUGGAACUCCCGAAACCCAUUUUCACCUCAGUCUCCUCUCACCCAGACCAGAGUAUCGUCACCUACUAGUCGAAGAACUGCGAAGGAGACAUCGCGAUAAACCCUAGCUGUCAUUACAAUGUUCUGUUCAAUCUCCGGCGUAGUGCCGGAAGAGCCGGCGGUUUCCAGGAAAUCCGGACUACUCUAUGAAAAGAGGUUGAUUGAGAGACAUAUAGCGGACUAUGGGAAAUGUCCUGUGACUGGAGAUCCGCUCACUAUGGAUGACAUUGUUUUAUUGAAAACCAGUGAGAUAGUGAAGCCCAGGUCUUCACAGGCAGCUAGUAUCCCAGGACUUCUAGGAAUUUUCCAAAAUGAGUGGGAUGGCUUGAUGUUAUCUACUUUUGCGUUGGAGCAGCAGCUUCAUAUGGCAAGGCAAGAACUGAGUCAUGCUCUGUACCAGCAUGAUGCUGCUUGCCGUGUCAUAGCAAGACUGAAGAAAGAAAGGGAUGAGGCAAGAUCGUUGUUGUCUUUGGCAGAAAGACAGAUUCCGAUUUCAGCAUCUGCUCCUGUGACAGCAAAUGCUUCGGCUCUUAGCAAUGGGAAAAGAGCGGCUGAGGAUGAGGAGCUUGGCCCUGGGGGAAAGAGAAUUCGUCCUGGUAUUUCAUCUGGUAUCAUUGGUGAGCUGACUGACUGCAACAGUGCACUCUCACAAGAGCGGAAAAAGCGGCAGAUUCCUCCAACGCUGGCACCCAUUGAUGCACUGGAGGGGUACACUCAGCUCUCCAGUCAUCCCCUCCACAAAACUAGCAAGCCGGGCAUACUAUCUAUUGAUAUUCAUCCCUCUAAGGACGUGAUUGCUACUGGUGGUGUUGACACCAAUGCUGUUAUAUUUGACCAUGCAUCUGGUCAGAUCUUGUCUACACUUAGUGGGCAUUCUAAGAAGGUUACCAGUGUCAAGUUUGUACCUCGGGAUGAACUAUUUAUUACUGGUUCAGCUGAUAAAACAGUACGGCUAUGGCAAGGAUCCGAAGAUGGAAACUACAAUUGCCAGCACAUCUUGAAGGAUCAUAGUGCUGAGGUGCAAGCUGUCACAGUCCAUGCCACCAACAGUUACUUUGUGACUGCUUCUCUCGACAAUACAUGGUGCUUUUAUGAUCUUUCUUCUGGAUUAUGCCUCACUCAGGUUGGAGAUGUUUCAGGGUCAGAGGGCUAUACCUCAGCUGCUUUUCAUCCUGAUGGUCUCAUCCUUGGGACUGGAACUGCAGAGUCACUUGUGCGAAUUUGGGAUGUAAAAAGUCAGUCAAAUGUUGCAAAGUUUGAUGGGCAUAUUGGGCCAGUAACGGCCAUGUCUUUCUCUGAAAAUGGCUACUUCUUGGCGACAUCAGCUCAUGAUGGUGUUAAGCUUUGGGAUCUCCGUAAAUUGAGAAAUUUCCGGACCUUCACUCCUUAUGAUUCAAAUACACCAACAAAUGCUGUAGAAUUUGACCAUAGUGGAUGUUACCUCGGAAUUGCUGGUUCAGAUAUUAGAGUUUACCAAGUUGCUAGUGUCAAGGCAGAAUGGAAUUGCGUCAAAACAUUCCCAGAUUUGUCUGGCACAGGUAAAGCAACUUGUGUGAAGUUCGGUUCAGAUGCAAAAUAUAUGGCUGUAGGAUCAAUGGACAGGAACCUGCGAAUCUUUGGCUUGCCUGGGGAUGGUCCGGAAGAGUCUUAGGGCUAACUUAUUUCCCCUGCUUAUCGCAUAGGCCUUCCUAUCAUUCCUCAGCCACUCUGUUCUUUGUAUUUUCGGGUGACAAAAGUAGAUUGAAAGUAAGGCAUUUUAAAGUAGAUUGGGGUUCAGUUCUGGAUUUCAGAAGUAUACAGGCAGCGGAGCGGCCAGAUGUUUACAGAGCUGUAUGCUUUGAGAACUGAUCAGGUAGGCGCUCUACUUUGAGCUUAUUGUAGUGAGCAUGUAACAUGUAAUAGCGGGAUUACCAUUUAACAAUUUUCACUAUCAAGAUUUUGCCUGACUGUAAAAUUAUUUAAUUGUCUGUGACAACUGACAAUUGCAAA